AUGACAGAGACUGUCAGGACGGCAACCUCGGUACCUGCACCAACCACGACAGUCACCUAUGCGCGCCCUUUCGCGUCUCUCGUGACACUGGCGCCAAAUGUCACUUUCACCACCUGGGGCAAGUGGGACCCUGGCGACACCGUUACAGCCACGGAUGUGGCGAAGCCUUACGGCCAAGCUGCUUGGUCGUCCCUCUGGCUAUCUGCAAACCCUCCCAAUUUCACUGACUACACAAGCCUGUACAGCACUACUGUCUCUCCAACUCCCGUUCCCACCGAGGAGCUCGUACUACCACCGCCGGAAUACUUCCGUCCCACAGAUUGUUACUACUUCCCACCCAACUUUGUUCUUGGCGUCGCUAGCUCAGCCUGCCAGAUCGAAGGCGCUACGGCUGACGAGGGUAAGGGCCCAACUCUCAUGGAUGUUCUUUUCAAGGACGAGAGCCCAAAGGACUAUGUGACCAACGAGGCAUACUACUACUAUAAACAAGAUAUUGAGCGUGUCGCUGCCAUGGGAGUCAAGUAUUUCUCAUUCAGCAUCUCCUGGAGCCGGAUACUCCCCUUUGCUCUCCCCGGCAGCCCUGUCAACCAGCAAGGAAUCGACCACUAUAAUGUCGUUAUCAACUUUGUGUUAAAGAAGGGCAUGUUUUUGAUUACCCCAGAGAUCGGCAAGCGAAACGGGGCCUACCAGAAUGAGACGUUCGUGGACGCUUUCGUGCAUUACGCCAAGAUUGUCAUGACACAUUAUGCAGAUAGGGUCCCCCUCUGGAUCACAUUCAACGAGCCCCAGCUCUAUACAAGUAAUGGCAUGUCUGUCUAUAACCUCAUCAUGUCCCAUGCGCAUGUUGCCCACUUCUACCGAGACGAAAUCCAGGGAACUGGCAAAAUCGGUUUCAAGUUUAACAAUCACUUUGGUGUUCCCCGUGACCCUCUAAGCAGCGCUGAUAUUGCCGCUGCGGACCACUACAAUAGUUUUAUCAUGGGACCAUUUGCGAACCCAAUAUAUCUCGGCAAAGACUAUCCUGAGUCCUAUAAGAGCACUAUACAUGACUAUGUGCCACUCACCCAAGAAAAGCUUGCAUACAUUGGGGGCACAGCGGAUUACUUCUUGGUUGACCCUUACGUUGCUACAGUGAUUGCCCCACCUGUCCCUAGCGACGAAGGGAGCAUUAUGGAAUGUGCCACCGACGUCUCUUCACCUUUCCGACCGAACUGCGUCAACGAGAGUUCCGUCAAUAUCUAUGGGUGGGACCUCGGAUACGCAUCACAAAGCUAUGUGUAUAUGACUCCGACAUAUAUAAGAACCUGCCUUAACUGGAUCUAUAAUACGUACCGACAUCCUAUCAUGAUUGGUGAAUUUGGGUUUCCCGUCUGGGCGGAAGACGAGAAGACCUUGGCAAACCAACUUUACGACUCACCUCGCAGCAACUAUUACCUCAGCUUUCUUUCGGAGUGUCUCAAAGCCAUUUGGGAAGACGGGGUCGAUAUAGCAGGCGCUUUUAUGUGGAGUUAUGUCGAUAAUUGGGAGUUUGGCGAUUACCGUCCCCAUUUUGGCCUCCAAACUGUCAAUCGCACGACGCAAGAGAGGCAUUAUAAAAAAAGCUUCUUCGACAUUGUCGAUUAUAUAAAAGCACGUGGGGUGCAGUAA